UUCCUUUCCAAGCAUACUAGCGUCCUUUUUUUUGGCUUCCCCUGGAACUCUUGACUCUCUGCUUUACUUGAGUCCCUCUCCUCUUCCUCCUCCUCUUCUUCUUCUCCUCCCUCGCCUGUUAUCUCCUUCCCCCCCCCCCUCCUGCUCCUCCUCCUCCUCCCUCUCCCCUUGACAACCCCUCGUCGGACUGACUCUUCAAUCGAUUGAGUUUCAGAAAUGUCCGCUGUCAACGGGAGCUUUGUCUCCCCUUCGGCUGAUGCCGUUGUCUCCCCUCAACUCUUUGAGCCUUCCGGUCUGGUCGCGUCCCUUGUCGGCGGCCUCAAUGUCUGGAAGGCCAUCGUGACGUUGUUCCUGGGUGCCAUUAUCUAUGACCAGCUGCGUUAUUUCUGGCUCAAAGGCUCGAUCAUCGGUCCGACAUGGAAAUUGCCCUUCAUGGGACCGUUCCUCGAAUCGGUCAACCCGAAGUUCACCGAGUAUAAGGCCAAAUGGGACAGUGCAGAGUUGAGCUGUGUUUCCGUCUUCCACAAGUUCGUCGUCAUUGCCUCCUCCCGUGAUAUGUCUCGCAAGAUUUUCAACUCCCCCGCCUACGUCAAGCCGUGUGUCGUCGAUGUUGCGCACAAGCUCCUCGGCAAGACCAACUGGGUCUUCUUGGACGGCAAGGAACACGUCGAAUAUCGCAAGGGUCUGAAUGGCCUGUUUACGCGUCAGGCGCUGUCCUGCUACUUGCCCCGCAUGGACGAGGUCUACAACGACUACUUCAAGCGCUUUCUCGAUGUCUCCAAGGCCCACCAGCACAAGCCCGUCCCGUUCAUGCCCGAGUUCCGCGAACUCAUGUGUGCCGUCUCCUGCCGCACCUUUGUCGGUCACUACAUCAGCGAGGAGGCCGUCCAGAAGAUCGCCGAUGACUACUACAUGAUCACCGCCGCCCUGGAGCUGGUCAACUUCCCCUUCAUCCUGCCCUUCACCAAGGCCUGGUACGGCAAGAAGGCCUCCGACAUGGUCCUGGAGGAGUUCUCCAACUGUGCCGCCAAGAGCAAGGCCCGCAUGGCGGCCGGCGGCGAGGUCUCGUGCAUCAUGGACGCCUGGGUCAAGUCCCAGCAGGAUUCGGCCCGCUACCGCGAGAAGCUCGCCAAGGGGGUCCCCGCCGAGGAGAACGAGAAGCCCGCGCAGCUCCUGCGCGAUUUCAGCGACUUUGAGAUUGCCCAGACCAUCUUCACCUUCCUGUUCGCGUCCCAGGACGCCACCAGCGCCGCGUCCACCUGGCUGUUCCAGCUCAUGGCCGACCGCCCCGAGGUCCUGGACAGGGUCCGCGAGGAGAACGUGCGCGCGCGCAACGGCGACCUCAAGGCGCCGCUGACCAUGGAGCUGCUUGACAGCCUGCAGUACACCAAGGCCGUGGUCAAGGAGACCCUCCGGUACCGCCCGCCCGUGAUCAUGGUCCCCUACCUGGUCAAGAAGGAUUUCCCCAUCACGGAGAAGAUCACCGUGUCCAAGGGCUCGAUGAUCAUCCCGUCGGUGUGGCCCGCCACGCACGACGAGGACGCCUACCCCAACGCCGACUCGUUCGACCCGGACCGCUGGAUCACGGGCACGGCCGAGCAGCACCCCAAGAACUGGCUGGUGUUUGGCACGGGGCCGCACUACUGCCUGGGUCAGACCUACGCCACGUUGAACCUGAUGGCCAUGAUUGGCAAGGCCAGUUUGGAGAUGGACUGGGAGCACACCCCGACGCCUCAGUCGGAGGAGAUCAAGGUGUUUGCCACGAUUUUCCCUCAGGAUGACUGCCUGCUGACCUUCCGUCCUCGCGCCUAAACAUUUCAUAAUUCUUUGAAAUCAGAAAGAAAAGAGACAAAAGAGUUCCCACGAGGUUCUAAGUCCUCCAGUGUUGUUCUAUCCUGGAGAUAGACUGACCGUACCUUUUUUUUUUUCUUCUUUUUUCCCUCUUCUUUUCUCCUCUUCUUCUCUCCUCUUCUUUUCUUCUUCUCUUCUCUUUUCUUCAUCUUUUUUCUUAUCUUUUAUCUUGAUUUCCCUUCUCGUGUCUAUACCUACUUGUAUCAUGCCCCGUGAGAACAACAACCACGGGAUUUUGUGAUGGAUGGAUGGGGUCAGCCUGGAGUAUAUGAAUUGUAUGAUCGGAUCCAUGGAGAGGUCGGCUUACGGGCGCGACCUUUCGUUUAGCAUUAUGUCUUAGAACUAAUAGUAAUUGUUAUUGACAGUUUUUCAAA